AUGGCGGAGACCGACGAUGCCAAUGAUGCCAUCUGGCAAAUUGGCGUUUUUGACGCUCACUGUCAUCCCACCGAUAUCAUGGCCUCGAUCAAGGACAUCGCAAACAUGAAGGCAAGAGUUCUCACGAUCAUGGCCACCCGGUCUCAAGAUCAGGAAAUGGUUCUGGAGACUGCGAGGAAAUACAGGUUGAAGGACUCGAAUUCGGAUGCCAGAGAGAAUACCUCGAAAUACGUCGUUCCAGCGUUCGGAUGGCACCCUUGGUUCUCCCAUCAAAUGUACGACGACCUGAAGGGAGACGUACGUCCUAAUCAGAUUGAGCAUUACAAAGCGGUGUUGACCCCGACACCCGAUGACGAUGAGUUCUUGAAGAUUCUUCCUGCCCCUCGAUCGCUACGUGAGUUUCUCCGGGAGACGGAGCAGAAAGUGGAGGAGUUUCCCUAUUCACUGGUCGGGGAGGUGGGCUUGGAUCGAUCAUUUCGGCUGCCACAAGGCCCAAGGGCCAUGACCGGCGAUGUCACAAACAAGACUGGUGGUUCAGAUGAGGACUAUACCCCCGGAACCCGCGAAGGGAGACCGCUCUCGCCCUACCGCGUCAAUAUUGAUCAUCAGAAGGCGAUCUUGAAAGCUCAAUUCGAGCUCGCUGCAAAGCUACGGCGCCCGCUUUCUGUGCACAGCGUCCAAGCUCAUGGCUUGGUGUUUGACCUUCUACAAGCGAUGUGGAAAGGCUACGAGAAGCCAUCCAAGAAAGAAAGAAAGAGGGCUCUGAGCGCUCCAAAGGCCCAUCAUAGCGACGACAGUCCCAACACUGGUAACCAAGACAAGACAUUCCCAUUUCCGCCACGAAUCUGCAUGCACUCCUACUCCGGGCCUCCUGAUGCGUUGAAACAAUUUCUCGCCCCUACCGUGCCGGCGGAAAUCUACUUCUCCUUUUCGGCGGCCAUCAAUUUCUCAAAUUCUUCGACCGCAAAGGUCACCAGUGUCAUCAAAGCGGUGCCAGAUAACAGAAUUCUCAUUGAGAGCGACCUACACUGUGCGGGGGAAACAAUGGACGGGCUUCUUCUGGAGAUUAUACACAAGGUUUGUGAGGUGAAGGGGUGGGAUGUGCGAGAAGGAGCCCAGCGACUGAAAGCGAAUUGGGAGAACUUCAUCUUUGGGUCGAGUCCCAAAGGUCAGAGCUCCUGGACUCGCACGGAACCUGUAUAA